UAGCUAUUAAGAGUAUUAAGUAGCUAAUGGCAAUAAUAUCAUGAUAAUUUUCGCUGUUUUUAAUUUUUAUUUAUGAUAAAAUAUAAUGGAAAUUAUAAGCUAGUAUUAUAGAAUUCCAUAACAGAAUCUUAGGUUUUGGUUCCUAGACACCGUCAAUUUAUUAUUACUUAACAUAAUGCAUGAAACUGCACGUUAAUGUAUUGCAGCCAUAUCAUUUAUAAUGAUGGAAUAUACAGCUCAAAAUUUAGAAUACGCUGUAUCUGUAUUUUAUAAUGGAGAACAAGAAGAGCGAGCCAAAGCCCACGCAUGGCUUACAGCAGCUCAACGUGUUCCUGAGGCGUGGAACUUUGUAUGGGAAUUGCUUCAACCUAGCAAGGGCACAGAAGUUCAAUUUUAUGGAGCUACAACAUUACAUACAAAAAUUCUCCGCUGCUGGAAUGAAAUUCCUCCUGAAAGUUAUCCAGAGCUAAAAGAAAAACUUCUACAAGCUGUAAUUGGUUAUUCUAAAGGUCCCAAAAUUGUAACCAACAGAUUAUGUAUAAGUUUAGCGGGAUUUAUUCUGCAACAAGGCUCAGAUGACCUUGCUGAAAUAUUAAGACCACUGUCAACAGCUGAAAAUACCACACUACUUCUGGAAGUGCUCACCGUGAUACCUGAAGAAUAUAAUAGUAUGACUAUGGGGACCUCGCUACGAGCGAAAAAUCGUGCAGCACUAAAUCAAGCCAGCCGUAUGGUUUUAGAUGACAUGCUUAGAUACCUGCAGAGUGUUUACAAUGAUUAUAGUAAUGAACCGCCGAGUGAAGCCACCGUAUUGUCAUGGACGAAUGCAGCUAACUGCGCGACCAGCUGGCUGUCCUUGGGUGGAGAGGACGCGCCCGACUGCGCGACCACGCUGCCCGAGCGUGCACCGCUGUGUCGCGCACUGCACACCGCCGUGCACGUGCUUUGCACGUGGAACGAGGCGGUGAGCGACUGGGCGCUGGAGGCGUGCGAGGCGUGCCUGGCGGCCGUGCGCGCGGCGGGCACGGCGGGCGGCGCGGCGCGGCACGAGGCGGCGGCGCGCGAGCUGCUCGCCGACCUGGCCGCGCUCGCCGCGCCGCUCUUCGCCAAGCACGACGCGCCCAACUCGCUCAACGAGGAGCUGCUGUCGGCCGUGGUGACGGCGUGCGUGGCGCUGAGCGAGCAGCACGCGCGCGCGCUGGUGGCGGCGGCGGAGCAGGCGGCGCCGGGCGCGCGCGCGCUGCUGCAGCUGCUGCUGGCGGCGCAGGCGGCGCCCGGACACUACCCGCUGCACGAGACGCGCUCGCACCUCGUGUUCGGCCUGUGGUACACGCUGCAGGACGAAAUACUACACGGAGUGGACGGUACGGGCAAAAUAAACCCAUUGUGGCGAGACGUCUUUACACAACUCCUAAUGGCGCUGAUAAAGAAAUCCGAAAUGCCUCCCGAGUCCGCCCUUUCGCGAGACGAUCAGGAGCUCCUUCGACGUUACAGACAAGAUAUCGCCGACGUCGUUAUGUACUGCUUCAGCGUGCUGGGCGGGGCGUGCUGGGCGCUGGUGGAGCGCGCGUGCGCGGAGGCCGAGAGCGCGGCGCGGCGCGAGGCGGCGCUGCACGUGUUCCUGGCGCUGGCGGACGCGGCGCCGUACGAGCGCGCGCCGCCGCCGCUGCUCGCGCUGCUGCAGCACGCGCUGCGCGCCGCCGCGCAGCCCGGCGCCGAGGCCGAGCCCGCGCUGCUGCACACGGCGCUCGACUGUCUCGGCGCGUACGCCACGUGGCUGAGCUCGCUGGAGGGCGCGGAGGGCGCGGCGCUCAGUGGCGAGUGCAUGCGCGCCGCCGGCGCCGCGCUGCAGCGCUGCCCCGCGCCCGCCGCGCUGGCGCUGCGCAAGCUGUGCGUCGACUGCACCGCGCCCGCGGCCGCGCUCGUCGCGGACAUCGUGCAGGUUGCCCAGAGCGUGGGCGGGUCGGCGGACGCGUGGACGCGGCGGCAGCUGCUGAGCGCGGCGGGCGCGGCGCUGGCGGCCAGCGCGCCGGCGGACGCGGCGCCGCUGCUGCGCGGCCUGGCGCGCCGCCUCGCGCUCGACCUCGCCGCGCAGGCGCGAAGCGGCGGCAAGUGCGGAGCGCCGGAGUGCGUGUCGCUGAUGAGCGCGCUGAGCCCGCAGCCGGCGCUCGCGCUGCAGCUGUUCCGGGAGCUGCGGCCCGCGCUGGCCUUGCUGCCGGCCGACCCCGCCCUCGCGCAGCCCAUGUUUCAAAUUUUGAAACAUACAGUAGGCGCAAUGGUGCCAAACAUCGAACCGAUCGUAGAAGACUUAGCGCAACUUAUAAUUGCUGGCUUCGAAACCCAACCUUGCCCCGUGGGAAUGGACGUCGUUAAACAUUUCACAGUGCUGGUGGGCGCGGAGUGGCCCGGCGCGGCGAGGGUGCUGCGCGGCGCCGUGCUGGCGGCGGCGCGCGCCGUGGCGCCCGGCAGCCCCCCCGGCCCCGCGGCGCCCGGUAGCCCCCCCGGCGCCCCCGGCCCCGCAGACCUCGCCGCGCCCGACCUCGCCGAGGCGCUGUUCUCGACGCUCGUCGCGCUCACCAAGAAGCUGCCGCUAGUCGUCGACUGGAUAGACGACUUACUACCCGAUCUCGUCGAUUUGGGUAUGACCUUAAAUAGUCUAGAAGUCUAUCCGUGCGGCGCGGUGCGGGGCGAGCCGCGCGCGGCGGCGGCGGCGUGCGGCUGGCUGGCGGCGCUGGCGGCGCGCCGCGCGCCCGCGCUGCUGCCGCUGGCGCCGCGCCUCACGCACACCGCGCUCGCCUGCAUCGGCGGCGCGGCGCCCCGCAGCCAGAUGGAGCCGCUGGCCGAGCUGCUGCUGGCGCUGAACCGCGCGCAGUGGCCGGCGGCGGCCGCGCUGCACACGUGGCUGCGCGCGUCGCUGGCGCCCGCCGGCUUCCCGUCCGCGCACGCCACCGACGCGCACAAGCACAAGUUCAUCCAGGCCGUGCUCAGAGAAAAAGUGAGCAAGCGACGACUGUUGGAAAGUGUUCAAGAAUUUUCGUUAGCGUGUCGUGGCCUGAUAGGGACGGAGUACGCGCGCCAGUCAAUCGCUUCGAAACAAAUGGUAGCAUAAGUAGGAUUGACAUUUUUAUCUCAAACACCGAAGCGAUUUCAAUUGCUGUAUGCAAAUUACGUUAUUGAGGUUAGGUUGCUCGUACACGUCGGUUGAAGUUCUUACAACCUUCAAUUCUAACUACAACCGUAACUGAGAUUUGAACGAAGCUAAGUGAAAAAAUAGUGUUGCACAAAGCAUCUUUUAACAUACGUUAAAUCCUCUUAAAAA